AUGGCCAUUUUUAAACGCUAUAAAUGGGUGCUGGUUUUAGAUUAUUUGGGUAAAAAGAUUAUAUCUUCGUGUAUGAAGAUGCAUGAAAUAAUAGACAAUGGAGUAACAAUCGUAGAAAAUCUAGAGAGACAUAGACAACCCAUUCAAAUGCUUGAAGCUGUCUAUAUACUGACUCCAGAUGAAAUGUCUAUCCAGAGAAUCGUGGCAGACUUUGAAGAAGGACGUCCACUUCGUUACAAAGUAGCUCAUAUCUUCUUCACAGAAGUUUGUCCCGAUCACUUACUCGCGCCUCUUAGAAUGAUUCGACCAUAUGUGAAAACCCUGAAGGAGAUUGACAUAGCAUUCGUUCCUCGAGAAAAGCAGGUUUUUUCUCUGGAUUGUCCAUGGGCGUUCAAGAAGUUUUAUAGCACGACUGUGCGUAACGCGGACCGCAUUGAUAACAUGGAGAAAAUGGCCGAACAGCUAGCGACGUUAUGCGCAAGUCUUGGAGAAUACCCUAGUGUUAGAUACAGACAUGAGAGCUCCAGGCUUGGUGAGUUCGCUCGAUUUUUGAAGGACAAACUUGAUAUUUACAAGUUAGAUGAUCCAGCAAUGGGUGAAGGUAGCCCACAGAAGAGCAAGUCACAGUUACUCUUACUCGAUAGAGGUUUUGAUCCGGUGUCGCCAUUACUACACGAACUAACCUAUCAGGCCAUGGCUUACGAUUUGCUGGAUAUCCAAAACGAUGUCUUCAAAUACCAAUGCAGUACAGAGUCUCAGGCAGAAGAUUAUAAAGAAGCAAUACUUGAUGUUUCAGAGGAUGAUGAAUUCUGGGUAAAACUUCGUCACUUGCACAUCGCUGACGUCACAAGAAAAGUUCCAGAAGAAAUUAAAACAUUUUCUGAUCAGGAGAGACUUCCCGUGUCUGAUGAUAAGUUGAAGGAUUUACAGAGUCUUCUGAAGAAAGCGCCAGAAUACCAAAGACAAGUCCGAAAGUUUUUAGCUCACUUCACAAUUGCUGAAAACUGUAUGAAUCUAUACAAGGAAAUAGUGGAAAAGCUGUGUAGGGUGGAACAGGAUUUAGCAACAGGCGAGGACAAAGAGGGAGAACCCCUUAAAGAACCGGUUGUCAGGCAUAUUAUGCCAAUAUUACUGGACCCUAAAGUGAGCACAAAUAAUAGAGUCAGGGUCAUCUUACUGUACAUAUUGUUAAGGAACGGCAUCAGUGAGGAAAAUUUCAACAAACUUUGUGAACAUGCUGAGAUAACUACGGCAGACCGAACAGCCAUAUUGAACAUGGUCCAUCUUGGUAUUCCAAUCACUCUAGAGACUUGCUCUAGAAAGGUUCGAGUCAAACGUAAACAGCGUACGGAGACCUUCUACUUAACAUCUCGAUGGGUACCCUAUGUUAAGGACUUGAUAGAGGAUGUAACUGAAGGCAGACUAAGUGAUAGACUGUAUCCUUACUUGAUAAAACGAUCCAUCGAUCUAUCAGCACCAUCUCCUGUUGUAAGCGCACGGCGGGCAACACCAGCCAAGUUAGAAAAGGCAUCUACCGAGACACGUGAUGUGCCACGCCUAGUUGUCUUCAUCAUGGGUGGAGUUAGCUACUCAGAAACCAGAGCGGCCUACGAGGUAGCUGCCUCGAAUAGUGAAUGGGAGAUACUCAUUGGUAUGAUACUUUCAUGGACGUUUGCAAUAACUCCUGGUUCAUCUCAUUGCCUGUAUCUAUCCACUCGACCCAUCUAUCCCGUCCACCACUCUACCCUUCCAUCCACUUGA